AUGGAAAAAUCAGACCCAAGUAAUCAGGACAAGAAAAUUCUAAGAAGAAGUAGCAACAACCACUUAUCAAUAUCUGACACUGAGUCAACAACGAGUCAGGUGGAUUCUUUCCACUCCCCACUCCGUUCUGACUCACCCCUGCGCUCUGAUGAUCCAUGUUUUCAAACAGAGAAGGUCAGUUUUAGUAACAAGAAUAGCAAAAGCUCUGGACCUGUGGAUAAAUACUACUAUGUGGUUCCAUCGCCGGGUAAUCCCAAUUUAAAAGCGGUUUCUCCGGUUGCUGGGGGCAAGGAACGGAAGCCAUGGCCCCAUUCCGAAAAGCCCACAUCGGAGAAUCUUGAUUUGUCGUCGAUGCCUGUGGUUACCGGUGGAAAGGGUCGGGUACCGUAUCUGCCGCAGUCGGAUAAUCUUGAUUUUCAGCCGAAGGGUGGGCUGGGGACGUCGCCGGUGGUGGUUUAUAACAGGUCAGUGAAGGAGGAUUCGGCGCAGGGUGUGCCUAAGGUGGGGCAAGUGGGGGAUGAUAUUGGUGGGCUGGAGAAGGGUUAUGGCGGUCGUGCAGAGGAGGUGGACAGAGAGAGGCGGCCGAGGGCGGUGGGAUCAACAUGGAUGAGGCCGAAAAUGGGAGUGAAUUUGAGAAGGACGGCUUUGGGGUUUAGAGCAUUUGAAGUGAUAUUUUGUUUGAUUUCAUUUUCAGUUUUGGCAGCUGAUAAAACUCAAGGGUGGAGUGGCGAUUCCUUUGAUCGCUACAAAGAGUACAGGUACUGUUUAACCAUGAAUGUUAUUGGAUUUGUAUAUUCUGGAUUUCAAGCAUGUGAUCUAGCCUACCAUUUGAUUAUGGGAAAACAUGUAGUCUCUCACCAUCUGCGUUUCCAUCUUGAUUUCUCAAUGGAUCAGAUUCUGGCCUAUUUGCUAAUGUCAGCAUCAUCUUCGGCAGCUACGAGGGUGGACGAUUGGGUAUCUAACUGGGGGAAAGAUGAGUUCACAUUGAUGGCCAGUGCUUCUAUUGCGAUGUCAUUCCUGGCUUUUAUUGCCUUUGCCAUGAGCUCUCUCAUAUCUGGUUACAACCUUUGUUACCAUGAGUCGACUUGA